CAGCAGUGACAUUUUUCACAAAGACCUGACGCUACCACUGCAGUGGUCAGAUUUACGAGCUUCUCGUGGACACGUGAAGGCGGCCUAACUUUCUCGAACUUGUCCCAUCGGAGGUUCGGACCUCUUCCCUUUGGAUUCGGCCGGUUCUGUCCGGCUCUGUCUUCCGGGUACAGCGGGUUCCGGCGGGUCGAGGGAUCGGCUUCGUGAGUCAGAGCGAUGUAGAAACCCAGCUGCUGACGUCGCUGCGGGGCUUCCCUAAAUGCUGCGGGUCCCGGAGGGCGCUGACAGACAGCUGCUGCCGCCGUGCCCGAGCUUCUGCUUUUCGUCUGAGGUCGACUUCGGUGAAAAACAUGUCGGGAAAGUUUUGGCGGCCUCCCUCGAGGAAGGGGAGGCUUGUUGACGGGCGGAACCAGUGGGCUCCUGCCGCAUUCACAGUGCUCUUCCUGGGCUCGUUGGCGUCGUGCUGCGGCGCAGAGGAGGCGUCCUGUCACGGAGCGUACGACCUCUACUUUGUCCUGGACAGGUCAGGGAGUGUUGCUACCAACUGGGUUGAGAUCUUCUCAUUUGUGAAGAACCUAACAGACCGAUUUGUGAGCCCGAGGAUGAGGGUGUCCUUCAUCGUCUUCUCGGCCCAUGCAGACGUGCUGCUGCCUCUGACAGGAGACAGAAACCGGAUUGAAGCAGGUCUGCAACGUUUGCGAGACGUGAGGCCUGCAGGAGAGACGUACAUGCACGAGGGAAUCAAAAAGGCAUCAGAACAGAUCCAGCAACAGUCCACCAAGUCCUCCACCAUCAUCCUGGCUUUGACAGAUGGGAAGCUCGAUGUUUACAUUCAUGAGCUCACUGUCAAAGAGGCUAACGAGGUGAGGAAGUAUGGCGCUCGAGUUUACUGUGUGGGUGUCAAGGACUUUGACGAGCAGCAGCUUGCAGAAAUCGCAGACGCCAAAGACCACGUGUUUCCUGUUAAAGAUGGCUUCCACGCUCUCAAAGGCAUCAUUAAUUCUAUAUUACGACGCUCGUGCACAGAAAUCCUGAGCGUGGAGCCGUCCAGCGUCUGCGUGAACGAAACCUUCGACCUGGUCCUGCGGGGGAACGGCUUCACUCUGGGCCGCAGCAACCAGGGCGUGGUCUGCAGCUUCAUAGUUAACCAGCAAACCUUCAAUCACAAACCGAGCGCCGUCCAGAACAGUUACCUGCUGUGCCCCGCUCCCAAGCUGCAGGAGGUUGGACAGACGAUGGACGUUCUCAUCAGCCUGAACAACGGCACGUCCUUCAUCAGCAGCGCCUACACCAUCACAGCCUCCACCUGCUCCAACGGUUUGAUGGUGGUGAUAAUUUUCCUGGUGGCUCUGAUCCUGCUGGCUCUGGGGGUGCUCUGGUGGUUUUGGCCUCUGUGCUGUACAGUGGUCAUCAAAGACCCGCCUUUGCCUCCCCCUCCGGCUCGCCCCCCUCCACCGUCUCCAAAUGUCCAGGUGCGAUGGGGGGAAAAAGGCUCGACCGAAGAGGGCGCCCGCUUGGAGAAAGCCAAAAAUGCUAAGGUCAGCAUCCUGGAGGAAACGGAGCAGCCCAUGAUCAAACGUCCUGUUCCAAAGCCCACCCCAACAAACCAUCGAGACCAAAACAAAUGGUACACUCCUAUCAAGAGUCGCCUCGACGCUGUGUGGGCUCUGCUGCGGCGCCAGUAUGAUCGAGUGUCAGUCAUGCGUCCAACCUCAGCUGACAAGACUGCUGAAGAAGAGGAGGGCAGUGAUCUUCCUCUGCUAAUUACAUCUGAGGAACAGAAACAUGAGCUGCUGCUUCUUCUUGGGUUUGUUGCGUUUUAUGAGAAUGUCUAGCAAACUUUUAGUUAAGAAUGGAGUUUCCCUCUUUCUGUCUGCUCGCCGCUGCAGCUCCACCCCCAGCCUCCCCUGACACGUCCUAAGCGGGCUCACUGCCAGAGCCAUUUCCUCCUGCAUUAGACUCAUCAGGGACUUUUAAUGUGUGGCACCCUGUGGGACGGGGGCCACCCUGGCACGUGCACGACACACACUCAAACACACCGCCCCCCAACUUGACAGCUCUCUCCAAUUACUGCCCUCCCUGUCGCAUGGCCUGCGUCUCCGCUCAGAGCAGAUCGCAUGUGACCUCAUCCAGCAUGCCGCUGUGGGUGGGGCUGAGAGCAAGGCGGAGCUUCAACUGACUAAGACACACACUCAUAGAGUAAAGGGACAUUCUGGAAAACUCAGUUUCCUGUUCAAAUGAAAUCUUCAAAUGUUCUUCUUUGUUUUCAACAGAACCAGACGGUUUUUGUUUCAUGCUCCAAUGUUUCUACAAAAUGUUUGUUUGAUUGCUGGGAAAAAUAAACAGGAACGUUUUUGAUUUGUUUGUGUUUAGUUGAAGGUUUGAUUGAACUUUUGAGCACAGACAUCAACCUAACCUUUUAGUCGAUUACCAUCUGGAGUUUGUGCAGUUUCACUAAAAUGUCUUUUUUUUUGGUUUAUGGAAGCAUUCAGGCAUGUGCCAGCACUGCAAGAGGAGGCAACAAGCAGAACCUUUACAUCUGAUUGUUAUGUGUGCGUAAACAGUUAUGUGGUUUUAGUCUCAUCUAGUCCAGUUUAAACCCUCAGGGGUUUGUGGUCACACUGUACAACAUUUCAAUGCCUUUUUCAAAAUAAUGAUUUAGUUUAAACGUUCAUGCCUAUAUGAGUUUUGACAAAGAGGUUUACUGAAAAUUCAUAUAAAGUUAAUUCUAUUAGGGUUAUAAAUCUGUUUUGUGUUUGAUUUUUUUUUUCAGUUUUAUCUUUUUGUUUCUUACUUUCAGUUUUUUCUGCUCGUGUGCUGCACCGUGGUCAUAAAUGAGUGUAUGAAGUCAUGAAGUUAGCUUCAACCUCUUGAUGCUUUCAUUUAUUUCUCUUUUAAAAAUAGAGAAAUUUCAAUUGUUUUUUGUUUUCAAUUAGUUGCUAAAUCAGGGUAAUUUUGGAGCCAACAUAGUUUGAUGCAUAUUAGCAGCAACAAGGGUUGAAAUACUUUUGAUCUUUCAAAUGUUCCAAUUGUAGCUGUUAAAAAAACUGACAUUUUCAAAGACAGUUUGUCCUUCUGGUUUUGAAAAGCAGCACUAUGCAGAAUCACGCAGCACAUUUUAGUCUGGCGGUGAAAAGAUUUUUGACUGGUUUGAAGGAGCAAUGUUUGCAUGUCUGAUGUCUUCAUGUCAUAUUUGCAGAAUGUGAAUUGGUUGCUAGAUGCCACAUUGCACCAUUUACAUGUACUCAUGAAUAUGUGACUUCCCGAUGGGAGGACCAGAGGUCCUGAGUUGGGGAGCUUUAAACAGAAGCAACCUCCAUUCCUUGCAGCUUAAUUAGAGGGAGAAAGUUUUUGCCGGCAGAGCAUUCACUCUUGUUGAUGGGGCGGCCGCCUGCAGACAUGAAGCUAGCUUAUGUUUUGGUGCAGGCCUUUGCUUCUCUCGGGAGGACAGUUGUGGCGCCGCCUCAUAAUGUAAAAGUACAGAUGAGCCCAGCGGCUCUCUGUGGAUGCUGAUCCACUGUGGCACCCAGAAGGAGAAUUAACAAAUGGCUUCCUGUUUAUUUCUGGUCCAUGUUUGGAUCAGCCGCAGAAGUGUUGCACAUGUUGUUUGAGACACGGAGCAGAUGCAGGCCCAGUUUCCCCUUUCUGCUUUUGCGGAGAUCUCAGUGCUGCAGCUUAUUUUUGCUUAUUCCUGCCUAACGUCUUUUUGUGACCCGGGCUAGCCUAUUUUUGUACCGUCAGGAUUUUUUGUUCUCCAAAAAAAGACUCACAGGAAUAUUUUUGAGGAAGUACCAAAAAGUAUGUAACUUCUAGAGAACACGGCUUCACAGCAGAAGUCUCUUCACACAAGUAAAAGCUGUGACUAGUCCUUCCUACAAGCAUCUGUUCAGCAGCGCUUGCCUUAAAGAGGCUUUUAUGAAUGCAUUGCACCACAAGCUGCGGCUCCUCGGCUGCAUGUGGGGAUGGAGGGCGACACUGCUCUAAAUGAGUUUGGCCCCACAGGCUGUGAACUGCUCCUCUGCUGGCUCACAUGUUGAACCAAAGCACCGUUGUCUCUAUGGGGGGGGUCCAUAACCUGGCCGUGUGUGGUGUUGCAGUCAGUCCAUUAGCUGUGAACCCAGUUGUCUGACUGGAGUGGGUUGAUUUGGACAUCACUUCAGCACAUACCGGCCCAGAAACAAUCUCUGUCUGAUCCUGUUGGCAGGAUCCUCCCACAGUCUCCCACUCCUAUGAUUAUUUUAUCCUUUUAAAUUCUUUAUGCCGCAUUGCCGUGGCUCCCGCCCCGCUACAGCAGAGCGCCACGUUGGCCAUACAGUACAUUCACACUACAGUUAUUUGGACGGCACUCCGGUGUGGCUCUGUCCCGGUCCCCCCGUUGGAUUCUGCUCGUCCAUUAGUGCCAUCUGUGCCUUCAUGCGCCGUCUGUGAGGGCCCCGCUGACGCCAAAACGAUUGGCAUUUCUCUGGAACAACCAGAGGGACGGUGCCCAGAGCUUUUAGCUGCCAAUGAUGUGCACUUACUCUGACAAAACCGGCGAGGGUGGUGAUGGGGGGUGAACGCCAACAGGAGGCUCCGGCAGGAAACAGCUGCACCUCCAGGCCUGCUGCUUCCAUGCUCAGGAGGUGCCGCCUCCCCAUACCGCCGUUGUUGUCAUUCAGACACAGAGCUGGCCUUACUGUGUCUAAUCAGUGACUGAAGGAGGGAGAAGAAGAGAAGGUAGAGCGUAGCAGUGUGACCUGGACACUCAACCCACCGUCCUGUUUGUGGAGUUCUGUGGA